ACGGAGGGACCAAGGGGAGGACGGACCCCCCCAACAUGGCGCCCGCCCUUCGCCACCCGCCCCAACAUCCGGGUUCCGCCCGACCUUCCUCCCGGCAGCCUCAGCGCGGCCGCUUCCCGGCCGGCCCCUCACAGCGGCAAGAUGGCGCAGCCGCCGGUUCUCCUCAAGGACAUGAAGCUGCUGGACGUGAAGCUGGGCCAGCUGCCCAGCUGGCUGGCCAUGAGGGACUUCACCCCCGGCGGCAUCCUGGGGGCCAUACGAAGAGGUUACAACAGAUACUACAAUAAAUACAUCGAUGUGAGGAAAGGGGGCCUGGGUGGCAUCUCCAUGGUGCUCGCUGGUUAUGUUGUUAUCAGCUACAUCUGGAGCUACAGCCACCUGAAGCACGAGCGCCGCAGGAAGUACCACGUGAGGGGUGGUGGGGGGGAAGCGCCCGGCCACAACCCGGUGCCCGCACGCACUGUCCAUGCCGGGGAAGGGCAGCGGCUGCGCCCCCAGCUGCUGCUCCACGGCCAGCUCCAGGUCGAACUUGAUGUGGUCCACGCUGGCGAUGAGCUCCUGCAUGGUGGCGGCCGGGGGCCGGCGGCAGCGGGCCGGCAGCGGGGCACCAUGAGGCCGCUGGGGCUGCUCCUGCCCCUGGCGUCGCGGUGCCGCUGGGCUUCCAGCGCCGUGCGGCGGGGCCCGGCCGCAGCCCCCGCCGGGAAGGCACCGCGGCAGCUCCGGGGACCGGGGUGGAGGCUGUUGGGGUCGUCGCAAGCGUCCCGAGAGCUGCCCCGUAGCGGCCUGAGGGCGAGCGGCGCUGGGGAGGAGCAGGAGCGGGAGCGGGAGGAGGAUGGCGAUGAUGAAGGUGUGGAGUUCGGGACGCUGUCUGAGGAGUUUUCCUCUAGGAAAUACUAUCACAAAACGACCCCGCGCCUCCAGAAUUUAAAGCUGCGGGAGGAGGGAGAGGAAGAAGCAGAACGAAGAGCUCGGCGCGGCCCCACGAACACCCCGUAUUGGUACUUCCUGCGGUGCAAGGCUCUCAUCAAAGAAAACAAGCUGGCAGAGGCUCUGGAGCUGUUCGAAGUGCAGAUGCUGAAGGAAGAACGUGUACAGCCAGAAGAAGGCAAUUACACAGUUCUGAUUGGUGGCUGUGGCAGGGUUGGCUAUGUGAAGAAAGCAUUCAGGCUCUACAAUGAUAUGAAGAAACGUGGCUUAACUCCCACCGAGGCCACUUACACAGCACUGUUCAAUGCCUGUGCUGAAUCCCCAUGGAAGGACUCGGGUCUGCAGAGUGCUCUCAAGUUACGGCAGCAGCUAAAAAGCAAGAAUGAAGAGCUGAACCUCAUCACCUACCACGCACUGCUGAAGGCCUGUGCCCUGUGCUCUGAUCUCAGGAUGUGCUUUGAUGUACUGAAGGAAAUCGUGCACAAGGGCCAUGUUCCCACCGUUGAGACCUUCAGCUUCCUUCUGAUGGGCUGCAUAAAGGACAACGAAAGUGGUUUCCGAUACGCCUUACAGGUUUGGAAACAAAUGGCUAAGCUUGGGAUAAAAGGUGACAGCCACACUUACAAUCUGAUGCUGCGUGCUGCAAGAGACUGUGGGAUCGGUGACCCUGCCGUGGCUUCUGAACUCCUGCUCAGCCCUCCCAGUGAGAACUCACCUCAGCUCAGGCUUGCACCCAGGAGGCAGAAGGAAAAGGUUAAGAAGCAGAAGAAGGGACCAGAGAGUGGAGCUGCUGUCCAGCUGGAUGUGGAAGCUAUGGAAAAACAACUCUUUCAGGAAGGCUCAGUGCAGCCUAAAGAAGAGGCCGGGCCACAAAAUAGAGAUGUGACCCAGGCUAAAGGAGAAGCAGCAGCUCUCGACAGCCCCUCUUUAGCUCUCAGCAAGCCUGGAGCCUUGAUGAGUAGAGGCCAGCAUGAGAUGGAGCAGGAACGAGCACACCAAAGCCAGACACUGCAAUUCAGCAACCUGCCCAACUUGCUGGAUUCCAAGAUGCCCAACGGAGCCGUGGUUUCCUUGGGGAGAGUGUCUGCACCAUCUGAUAGACUGGCUUUGAUGGGGGAUGUGGAGGGCUUCUUGAAUAAAAUGAAAGAGGACAAUGCAGAACCCAACAUUAAAACAUUCACAUUACUGGCUGAGCUGGUGGAACCCCAGAGCCCCUCAGAGUCUGCUUUGCUGGCACUCCUAGAUAAGCAUAAAGUAAAAGUAGAUGUGACCUUCUUUAACACUUUAAUAAGGAAGAAAAGUAAACAGGGAGAUCUGGAAGGAGCAAAGAGCAUGCUGCCAGCUCUAGUGAAGAGGGGCCUAUCACCCAACCUCCACACCUUCUGUAACUUGGCAAUUGCUUGCCGCCAGGAGAAGGAUGGACUGCAGUUACUCUCAGAUUUAAAGAAGUCUGGAAUAACUCCCAACAAGUACAUCUACAGCACCCUCAUUGCUGCUGCUGUGAGGAAGCUGGAUUACAGUUACCUCACAGAGAUCCUACGGGACAUGAGGAAUAACCAAGUGCCUCCCAACGAAGUGAUCAUACGGCAGCUGGAGUAUGCAGCACAGUACCCCCCAACAUUCGACAGGUAUAAGUCAAAGAACCGCUACCUGGAGAAAAUUGAUGGUUUCCGUGGCUACUACCAUCGGUGGUUAAAAGUAAUGGCAGGAGAGGAGACCCCCCACCCCUGGGCCCAAUACCGGACACCAAAACAUGCAGUCAAUGAGAGUGAGACAGAAGCUGUGCAGGAACAGCCGGGGCAGAAACAGCACUGAGAAGGAUGCUGAAGUUCUCCACCUUCCUUGCGCAGCAAGAACUUCCAACUCUCUCCUUUAAACCAUAGUAAUGCUCCUUGGUGUUUCAAUGUGAAAAUUGAGCUCUUGCGGUAACUGUGUAACACGAUGCUUGUGCUUUGCUUUAAGGACAAGCAAAUUUUCAGUUGCAGAGGACUACAUAGGCUGUAGCUUAACAAACCCUGUGCUUAAAAAGGAAGAAGCAACAUCAGAUUUAACAGUGGUUUAGCUCAGUGCUAGUUUUGUCCCUUUCCUGUGUGUGUUCAUGCAUGAAUCUAUGCACCGAUUCCAGGUUACAGACCUCAGCAGAGAGCUUGGUUCAGAAAG